AGAAGGCAGUUUGCGGUGGGCAGGAGAGAGAGUCACUCUCUUCAUCUCAACUUUGCCCGGCGCAGUCGUCCACACACUGCUGCAUGUCAGUGGCACUCUCUCUCUCUCUCUCUCUCUCUCUCUCUCUCUCUCUCUCUCUCUCUCUCUCUCUCUCUCUCUCUCUCUCUCUCUCUCUCUCUCUCUCUCUCUCUCUCUCUCUUCUUUCUGUCUUUGCUUUUCUCCUGAUUUUGCUUGUCUAACAUUCUUCUUGUUCAAGCGCCUUAUUUUAGUUUCUCUUACACUCUUCUGCCAGAAUAGUUAUUUCUUCAGGUUGCUCUUUUCCUUAUUAUCUGUCCAUCUUUCCCCACUUUUGUCAGUAUCCUCUAAUUUUAUAUCUGGAAGUCUGGUUUAAUUUACUGUUCAUAUUUUAUUUACAUAACCUGGUGCUAUUUGAUGGUAUCAGAUGGAGUCAAGGCAUCAUGGACCUCAACCUCUAAGACCCACAAGCCCAGCCAUGCCUUUAGGUUGGCCCCACACAAAUGGAUGUGUGACACAUGAAGGCCCAGGUCGGAUGUUGCUGCGUGAGAUGCUUUGGCAGCUGGAGCAAAGAGCACUUCAGGUUCAAGAACAGGAGUUCCAGUACUGCAUCUCCCGUGGCAUCAUGGGAUACCGUCACGCCCCAGCAUACCCAAGCCUGCUUGCCCUCAUCCCUGCUUCUGAACACCGCCAGCUAGAGCGCCUCUGUGGUCGCAUCCCAGCCUCACACACUGCCAUUGUACUUUCCAGGCUCCAUGAUCUUUUGGCCAACAAUAACAUCCCUCCCUGGGAACUGGUGGGUGUCUUCAAGCAAGUUCUCAGGGACUUCCUGAGGAGACAGGAAGACGCCAUGCAGAGACGUCCAGUCCCUUCAGCUCCACCAAAUAUUCUCUCUGCUCCCAAUCCACCUAUAGAGAGUAAUGAUAGAAAUCACAUGGCUGGAAAGGCAUCUAAUUCUUUGUCAGAGGAGUCAGGGAAUCACAGGGAGGAAAUUCCCACCAUUUCUAGUUAUGUGGAUAAACAUUUGCGUGCUGCUUGCCCCUACUCUAUCCGCAGAGAUUGGAGUUUGCCCUUUUGCCACCCGUUCGCUUAUGAGGCCUACAGCACCACAUUGUGAGACACCUAAUGGUAGAUCUAUCCAACACGAUCUCAUGGCAAUAGAGUGGUGCAGGGAUGACGUCAAAACCCAAAAGACUAAUUCGCCACUGGUCAAGAUUUUCCUAUAGUGUUUUAUAAUGUUGUUGUUUUUUAAUUUAUGAGUAAAAUAAAGCCUGUGGUAAACGUAACUUGACAAUACUUUGAUGUUUUGUUCUACAACGUAAAUUACACACACUCAUGAAAAAGCGAAUUUUGGAGCAGUUAUGUUUAUUUUUGAAAAUGUAUGUUUCUAGUGAGAUAAGACAGAUUGGGGAGUGAGUGCGUGCAGUUUAUGUU